AACCUCCUAAGGGGUGUCUGUUUGUGGCGUAUUAUGCAUAUAUAUCGGCUAUGUACAAUUUAUGAAAAUGUAUAAAUUAAAUUAGGCAAUAAACGAACACCAUUUGUGACUUUUGAUGUCCGGCUAAUAUUGGCUUUGCGUGUGUGAGAUCCCAUUUGGUCACCUAUGGAUAGUGUUGCCCCGAGUUUGGAUAUGUAAUUGAAAACAUUCAUCAAAUAAAGACUUCAGGAGAAUUCAGCUAUAAAUAUUUAACCACUUUAUACCGUCCUCAAGAAACUUGUUGUCUUUAUUUGGUGUAUUGACUACAUUCUCAUUGCUGACUGCAUUUUAUAUGGAACUAUACUCACUGAGUGUUCCAAUGGAAUCGUCUCUUAAAAAGUCGAUGAAUCUUGCUUUGUCCUGCAAAAAUACAACCUAGACAUGAUCGACUCUUUAAAGUAGUGAACCCGAUAUUAUUGACAUUUAUAGAAAAUUGAUGGAAUGACAGUUAUAGCAUUCAUUUGGUGGUUUUAUGGGUGGCAAAUCAAAAUCGGGAGGAUCGAAAGGCUCCAAGGCAUCCAAAGGAAGUAAAGGAAACAAAAGUGGAGCAAAGACCCGCAAACAUCACCAUCACCACCACAACCACCACCUUAAUCAUCAUGGCGGGCACCACAAGGACCAAAAUAAUGCGCAUGCGCAAAGUCCAGAGGGAACACAACAAACACAUGGUAGCAAUGAUGAUGAAGAAGACACAGAAGGAUUCGAAUUAUUAACCGCUCUUGGAGAAUAUGCUCUCCCGGAAGGGCUUGAUAGUGUUCUAGGGAGUUUCGCCACGUACGCCCGGCUGAAAGGCCGCUAUGACGACGAUUGGAUAGAUAGACUGAAUCAUCUGUACACCACCAUCAUCUUCAUUAUCUUUACAAUCGUCGUCAGCACCAAGCAAUAUGUUGGAGAACCAAUUCAUUGCUGGUGCCCAGCUGAAUUCAUGGAAUCGAUGGUGGAUUAUACGAACAAUGUCUGCUGGAUCCAAAACACGUACUAUGUCCACCUGGAUGACGAUAUCCCGAAGUCCCAGCAUGCUCGGGAAGAUCGUCAAAUUACGUAUUACCAGUGGGUACCGAUGAUUCUGCUUUUUCAGGCGUUGUUGUUUAAGGUCCCAUGUAUUCUAUGGCGUAUCUUGACUGCUUCCGCCGGAGUUAAUUUGGAUAAGAUUGUGACGUUAGCGGCGGAAACACAGUACAUUUCACCUGAAGAUCGGGAUAAGACGAUAAGACAUAUCGUACGAUACAUGGACCGAUGGUUAGAAAAUGCCAGGGAGUAUCGGUCCGGAUGUUUUAUACGAUUACGUCAGACAAUAUCUAAGUAUUGUUGUAUUGUCUGCGGAAAAAGAUACGGGAAUUAUCUCGUGACUAUAUACAUGAUAAUUAAAUUGUUGUAUAUGACGAAUGCAAUCGGUCAACUAUUUAUCCUCAAUGAGUUUCUGGGAACAAAUUACAAUGCUUAUGGGUUAGAGGUAAUGCAGCAUUUGGCCGAGGGAACAGAGAUGGUUGAUUCUAUGAGAUUUCCUCGAAUAACUCUCUGUGAUUUUAAAGUACGAAGACUUGCAACCGUGCAACAAUACACCGUCCAGUGUGUGUUGCCAAUUAACCUUUUUAAUGAAAAGAUAUUUAUUUUCAUUUGGUUUUGGCUAGUGUUUGUUGCUGUGUUGAGUUCAGCUAACUUUCUUAUAUGGUGUUAUACAAUGAUAUUUAGACAGCACAGAGUACGGUAUCUAAAGAAAUUUUUGCGCAUUAAUGAUUGCUACAAGUCAGAACUUGACAAAAAGAUGUCUGUUAAGUUUGCCGAGCAAUACCUGAGACAAGAUGGAAUUUUCGUCUUAAGACUUGUAGGAAAAAAUGCCAAUGACGUAUUAGUUAGCGAAAUAAUACUUCAACUUUGGACUCAUUACAGAAGCAAACCGCUAUUUAAACACGCCAACCAGAUGAGUGACGAUAAUAGCAAUGUAUGACUAACCGCGCAAAAACUUCUCAAGUUAGUGAAAAGUCAGUAUUUGAUGUAUCCCUGCCAAGAUGGUACUCCUAAUUGUGACGUCAUAAAGGUAGAUAUGUCAUCAAACGGGUACCUGCGAAACGAACAGUUUGAGACAGAAGUCUAAGACAGGUGUAAUCUAAUGAAACGUCCACAAUUCUUUUUAGUUCUUUCGAUUUCAUAUGAUUUAUAUAGAAUGGAUAUAUGCAAAACAAUAUGCAUCUGUGUUAUGUUGUAGCAAUAAUAAGUUACAAUUGUAAAAACAUUUUUCCUAAGUUUAAUUUUCGUACAUUUAGCUCCCAGUGGAAUAUGUAAACAAUGAAAUGUACAGAAAUCCUUUUCGUUUUUUUUUUUUUAAAGAAUAUGAAAACAGUGCAUGUGACAAACGUUCUGCCUGCUUGUAAUUACAGCUAAACAAAGAAUAAGACAGUUUGAGAAUUAGCAGGAGAGUUUCCCAUUAAGAUUAUAUAAAACAAUUCAUUUAAUCCUAGAUUGAUAUUAUAUUGGUUUUUAGAUUUUAAAAAAAUAUGGAAUAAUAAACAUAGGAACAAAAAAGUAUUUGUACGAGAUUAUCAAAAAAAAAAAAUGUCAUAAUCUAAUACUCAGCUAAAUUAAAAAGAUAUUCAAUGAUUUCUACGUAAUUGCAUGUAAUAGGCAAUUUAAACAAAAACGUUCACUUUAAUAGUCGUAUACACACAUGAAAUGUGCAAGUGUACCUGUCUACAAAAUAUUGCCAAAAUUACCCCACUGCCAAUAAAUCCUGGAACAGCGUUCCAGAACAUUUUUUGAUUAUUGUCCAAAGGCAGUUAAUUUUUACCUCCCUUCGUAUUUUGUAAAGCGCAGCUUGUUCGAUGAUUUGCUUUUUUUCCUUUGAAGUUUUUUUUUUAAAAAAUACAAAUAGGGUAAUAAAAUCCCCUGGAGACCAAAUAUAAAUAAUUUAGAAUAUGGAAUUACGCAUGUCCUGAGAACAUUCUUUUGGAUUCUUUCUUUUAUCUGAGGAAAAUGUCAUAUUUAUUAAUAUUUUUAAGUAUAAAAUGAAAAUAAAAAAGGUGGAUCCUAAAAACAUUCUCUAAAGUAAUUGGGAUGGAAAUUUCGGCAUCGCAGUUUUGAACAUUUUGAUGGGACUAUUUUAUCUAGUCUGAAGAAUAAUGCUUGGAAUUUCAUCAGUUACUAUUUAUACAAAGAAGUGAAUAAACACAGAAGCCGUAUCGGGCUUGUAAUUUCGUGAUUUUGAAAAAAAAUAAUCAAUUAUUAAAACACAGUUCUGAUGUUAGGCUUUCUAGUUGCAAUAAUGAGAAUUUUAACACAUUCAACAGAAAUUUUUUUAUUCCUGUCAUCUUUUGACACUAAAUUUCCCUGUCUUAAGAAUAAAAAAGAGAUUGUUAUUAUAAUAGAUCAUUUUAUUUGUAUUUUACCAUUUUUUGGUCACUUGAGCCUUACGAAAUGACACGUUUGGUACAAUUGAGUACCCUUUGAUCUUAUUCUUUAUGUCUCUUGAAUUCACUCUCAAGAGUUUGCAUAUGUAAAACAGUCAGAGGAAUCAAUAAACUCGGCAGUUAUUGAUUAGGACUUUUCAGAAGUCUUAUUUAGUUUGCCGAUCUAUGAUGAUUAAGUGCUUAGAAUAAUCAAUUGGUUUUUUUUUUUAAUUGUGUAUGCAUGCUACAUUUCAUCACAGUCAGUAUUUGUAUAAAGAACCUGUAGGUGUACGCUGUGCAUAUUUAGUCACUCUGUAUAAGAGAUAUUUAUAUACACUGCCCUCUCGCCUCUUACCUGGUGAUACAAUAUUGAAUAUUUUCUUUAAAGAAGUUACCCGCUUAUAUGUGGUAUUGUUCACAUUUUUCUCCGUGUUCAGUGACUUUUCUGAAAAAUUCAAUAAUAUUAGAAAUGUAUUCCAAGCAAGAAUUCCAUUGUAUUAGUUUAUUUUAUUUUUUUUUCUUUCUAGGAAACGUAAUUCAAGAAGUGGUAGCUAUGAAAUUGAAGUAUAUUUGAUAGAGAAAGUCGUUUUAGCUACGCAGUAUUACGUAGACCUGUUAGGAUUGUACAUAACUGUUUGGUGCACCAUUUCUCCUAGCCUUAUGAUCCAGAGACCUCAUGAUGUAUUUAUCUAAAAUUCCCCAACCAGGGAAAAGAUAAAUACAGAUACACAUCUCUGGUGUCAUCUUAGAAGAAGUGGUACACAGGUACGAAUUACUGGCUGUUUGAAAUUAUGUUUCGAAAUAUUUAUUACCGUGUUAAAUACCUUAUCCAAAAACCCUGUUACCUGUAUUGCAUAUAAUACAAGACCAUUGUUCCGAAUUGAGUACCGUUGUAUUUGUACAUAUCUGGUUGUGAAUGACAAACCAUCUGAUAAUUUCAGUUUUAAUUUUAAUUUAUCGGACUUUUGUGAAGUACUGUAGUUGUUAGAAACUGAGGAGUUACGUAGUUGUUGUCUUGUAGUGGUAAACAUGUUCACCACUUUCAACUUAAGUUGUCACUUUUUUUGUUAUAGAUCUCUGUUACUGUUUUUAGUAAGCUUUGAUACAAGUGCAAUAAUAAGACACUGUAAAAUCAUGCCAAGUUAAUUUUUAAGUCCUUCAAAUUCAUAACAUAGAAAACAUAGAUUUGCGAAUUCUUUAAUUUCUUCAAAAUAUCUUCUAAAAUUAAAAUUUGUUUGCAAAAGUGAUAAGAUUGAACAAACAGAAGUGUAACUCUGUAACGGACAAACUUGAAAUGUGCGACAAUAAUGGUUUCAUAGAAAUUUGACAAAAAGCUGGGGUUUUUUUUUUAAAUAAUAAAUAUUCAUGAUCUGAUUUUCUUAUUUCAUGUUGGUUCAUACAUGAGUAUAGGGAAAAUGAACUAUCAUUUACUCACAUUUUUUAAGUUUCCUGUAUGUUCUAUGAUCUUUUUUUUUAAUGUAUAAAUAAAUAGUAUAUAUUCAUAUGUUAGAACUUAGAAAUGACCUGGCAUGAUCUGAUAUCAUUAUAUAGCUAACCUUUUUCAUUUCUUAUUCAACUUUUU